AUGUCUUCCAUGCGCAAUGCAGUCGCACGGCGCCCCCACCGAGAACGUGGUCAAAUCAAGUCUCGUGAGAAAUGGGGUUUGCUGGAAAAACACAAGGACUAUUCCCUGCGUGCCAAAGACUACAAUCUCAAGAAGAAAAAGAUCGCUCAGUUGUCUCAGAAAGUUCGCGACAAAAAUCCAGAUGAGUUCGCCUUUGGUAUGCUCAGUCAGGGGAAGGCUGGGAUGGGCAAGCACAAAGCCGGGACCAAAGCGAACGGGGAACACGGCGGCCCUCUCAGUCAUGAUGCGGUUCAGUUAUUGAAAACUCAAGACGCAAACUACCUAAGGGAUAUUAUGGCACGGGGCAGGAAAGAGAUGGAGGAAUUGAAAGAAGAGGUUGGCAUAAAUGCAGCGACUCUCGGUGGGAAUGGACAGAGCAAGAGGAUAGUCUUUGCAGAGGAAGAUUUAGAAGAACCGCAGAGAAAGAAGCGCAGAUCUGAUGUGGACAUGCUUGAGCCCUCGACGGAUGCACCCACGAUGGUUCACUCUGAGUUGUCCUCUUUCCAAUCUCAAUCUGCCUUCGAGACAGUGGGUGGAGCGGAGGAUGAAUCCAUGGACAUACCCAAACACAGAUCGAAAAAGGCCCUUGCGGCAGAACAAGAUGCGGUUGCUCGUCUACGUAUGGAACGCAAGAAGAGGAAACGUUUACAGGAGGUACGGGUGGCCAAGUUGGAAGCACUGAAGAAGCGACAGCGAGAGAUCAUGGCAGCAGCCGACCAAUUGGACCUUCAACGUGCGAAGAUGGCAAGAACAGUAGGAGGAGUGAAUAAGAACGGGGUCAAGUUCAAGGUUCGAGAAAGGAAGCGGUAG